AUGCAAAAGUAUUGCUAUCCCAGAAAGAAGUUGGCUUAUUUUGAAAUGCAAAAGUAUCAUUAUCCCAGAUGGGAGUCAACUCAUCUUGGAGUACAAAAAUGUUGCUAUCCCAGAAACAGGUUGACUCACUUUGGAAUGCAAAA